CCAACUUACCAACAAGACCAUGAUAACACGACUCAGGAUUCUUCCAGACUGUUAACAAUACCCUCAGCAGAUCCCACAGUACCAGACACUGCUGUUGACGAGCCUUAUGUGGGCCAGGAGUUCGAGUCAGAAGCAGCAGCACAUGCAUUUUAUAAUGCAUAUGCAACUGAGGCUGGAUUCAUCAUACGCGUAAGCAAACUCUCACGAUCAAGGCGCGACGGAACUGCUAUUGGACGCGCUUUUGUUUGCAACAAAGAGGGUUACAGAAUGCCCGAUAAGCGCGAAAAGAUUGUAAGGCAAAGGGCUGAGACAAGGGUUGGUUGCAGGGCAAUGAUUAUGGUGAGGAAAAUGAAUUCUGGUAAGUGGGUUAUUACAAAGUUUGUUAAGGAGCACGCACAUCCCCUGAAUCCUGGAAGUGGUAGAAGGGAUUGCUUUUAUGAACAAUGUCCGAACGAACAUGAUAAAAUUCGCGAACUAUCUCAGCAGUUGGCAAUAGAGAAAAAGCGAUCAGUGACUUAUAAAAGACAACUUGAACUAAUAUUUGAUUAUAUCGAGGAGCAUAAUGUGAGCCUUUCAAAGAAAAUACAGCACAUAGUAGACAGUGUGAAGGAGAUUGAACCCAAAGAAGAAGAUAAUCAUUGAACUGAUACAAUGGUAUUCAUUGUAUUGCAUUUUAUGCUGUCAAUAGUUUAGCAGAAGAAAUUAGUUGAAUCAGUGUAUAUUCAUUUAUAUGUAGUUGCUGCUAACAUUGUGAUAAUAACUCAUAAAAGGCAUUCAAAUGCCCUGAUAGAGCUUCACUACUGCUUUGAGUAUAUAGACAGAGAAAAAUAAUUGGGAAAUUUGUGAUGGAUCGGUCUCAUUGUAUGGUCACAUUGGUUUUGAAUUUUUUGCAUUCACAUUGCAACUUUGUACUUUUUUUGGGGUCAACUUUGUACUCUAAACUCAAUUUAUCAAAGUUGCAGUCGAAGUGUGAUCUUGAUGCGACUAUCUAAAUCAUAAUAUUGUA